AUGCCUCCUAAGACAUACUGGUGCCAAGUGCCUCAUUGUAAGGCAAGCUAUCAACGGAAAGAGCAUCUUCGUCGUCACGAGGCGCAACAUACCCAACAACAGCUUCGACAAUGUCCAGCUUGUACCCAGAAAUUUAGGCGGAGUGAUACGUUCCGGCGCCAUAUGCAAAACAUACAUGGAGUAAAUGAUAUGCCCGACAUCAAACAUGCGUGCGCCCAUUGUCGAAAACAAAAGUCUCGAUGCCAAGGAGGACCGCCAUGUAACAAUUGCUUGCGCCGUGGAACCCACUGUUCCCUGGAGCGGCGGCCGGAAACGCCGCCGGUUGAUCCCCCAGACCCUCCAAGGAUGCUUCAAUCCCCACCCGCCCGACCUGAGACAGAUGAGUCCGACCAGGAAAGCCACUUUAUACGCAUAUAUUUCAACGAAUUUCACCCCCGUUGGCCUUUUAUUCAUAAAGGUUCGUUCGGAGAUCAUGAGGCACCAUUGCUUGUCAAGUCGAUGCUUGUUCUUGGUCUGUGGAUGAGUAAACAACGGAAAUACCAAUCGAAAGCCAUUGACCUGCAUAAUGUCUUGGGCUCAGCCAUACGUCAGCAGACUGACGCAUGGGAUGCCUCGAUAGCAGAUGCAAGUAGUACCUGCAAAUGGCCUAUCUCGACAUAUCAGGCUAUAUUGCUCCACAUAAUAUUUGCGGGUCUAUAUAGGGGCGGUGGGGAGCUCGACCUUGACCUGAAGCCUUCCCUUGCACCUGCAGAUGCCGAACUACUGGAAAGACUUAUCAUAAGCUGCAAGAAGCUUGGAAUGUUCUACUACCCAAAUAUACUGCAGCAUUAUUGCGACAGUAUUCUGCCGGGAUAUACAUGGGUAAGUGUUGAGGAGGUAAAGAGGUUCGAUCUGGCUUUAUUCAAAGUCUGUGGAGCUUUUGGUAACUCAGGCAAAGAAGAGCAUAGAACGGGUAACUUUGACGGGAGGAUCCGUGCAUGCGACUUACAAUUUCCACCACCCAGGAAUACGCCGUUGUGGAAUGCUGUAACGAAAGAAGAGUGGGAAUCCGCAGCGACAGCGGAUAUGGACCGCCAUAGCCUGGAUGACCCUUUGCCUCUACAAUGGAUCUCUAAUUCUGCAGAGAUUGUGGAACUCAUUGCUACUGGGUCUCCUGCAUUACUUUGA